AUGACGGCCUACGAUACGGAUUCUUCAUCGUCCGAGAUCGCGUGGAAAGUGGCAGACCUAGGAGACGCGUUUGACGGCUUUAUUGAGCUGGAGGUGGCGGAAGACGUAGAGGUCGUGUAUGAUGAGACGGGGGCGGGGAAGGUCGCCAACUCUGAGGUGCGUGGCAUGGUGUUGUGGCCUCAAGACGAGAAUGAAGGAACCAGUGCGAAGGUUGAGCACGUCUCUAUUAGUAUUGGGCAGCCGGCGCAGAAGGGAGAAUUUCCCGCGUCUGCUCUCGACUAUGGAGUGCCCUCACCAGUGAACUUGUCUCAUUUAGCUAGUACAAUCUAUCGAGCGCACAGACGAGGCGCUGAUUUCUACGUGCAAGCCGUUCUCUCUGCAUCUCCAACUCGGCCGAGCACUACAUGUGCAGCAUUCCAGCUCCCCGACGCCCAUCCAAGCCGAGGCACUCCUGAUCGCGAGGCAAGGUCGAGACAUUGUCAGAAUAGCGGAAACGGCAUGUCGACCUCUCUUGCAUAA